CCGCGAGCGGCGCGCUCGCGCAUACCCUCUUCUCCGCAUCGCGGACACUCCUCGACAGUCGUCCACCCACGCUGGCCUCCGUCAACGCCUCUACGACUCCGCCGCUCGGCAUAGAUGGUACGGCGACCGGCAGGCUAGCGCGUAGUGUCUUGCCUUGUCCCCUCGAUGGUUCUCUACAUCGACGCCAGUACAACCCCACUCGGCAAAGACGGGACGUAUCGCGGACCCGUGAGAGGCAUGCUGGCGCAUAUCGUCUUAUCCUCCCGCGAUAACCCUCAACGUCGACGCCUCUCCAGCCCCGCUCGACACACAGAUGGGAUGGAUCGUGCUCCCGCGAGCGGCACGCUCGCGCCUUUCUGGAUGGCUGCUCACCGACCCCGCUCUGCGAACACGGGACGCUCGCACCUGGGGCCACCUGGACGACUAUGCUCCCGCCGGAAGUGGCGCGAGCAGGGUGUCGAUGGGGCCGGGGCGUUCGCUGUGCAAUGACGCGGCUCUUUGCGGCAGGGCGACUCGACUUGUCUGUCAAACGUCUGCCGGACGGGACGGAUGGCGUUCUGGGGAGCAGAGUCUCGCGGGUGCUAUGGUACGUGGUGUGCUGAUGGUGGGACUUGUUGUAUUGAUGUGUGUGCUGCGACUGGCGGCUCUGUAGGGACUUUAGCUUGAACAUAGCGCUAGGAAUGGAGCGGCGGAAGGCAAUGUACAGGGUAUAUGCCGUAAUGGCACACCCUAACCCUAGGGCGAGCAGCG